AUGACGUCUUCUUGCUUGCUCGGGCAGUUUAUCAAAAAAUGUUUUGCGAUGGAACUCAAAACUUUUCAAUCGGAUACGAGGCCACUCUUAACCAUUAUGAGUGAAAUUGAAAAUAGUAUCACGGAGAGCGAGAGAGAGAGCCAGGCCCAGAGGGCCUCAAAAGUUCCUUCGUUUAUGCACCACAACACCCCCAACUUAUUUGACUCGAAGCCUGGCCAAGGAAUGACAGGUAACAAAGAACAGGGUGUCUCCGAUCAAGUGAUUGAAAACCUUCGAUUGGCCAAUCAGAACAAGGAUAAUUCCAAUUGGUGGCUCCCCGGUUCUUCAUGUUAUGGUUUGAAAAAGAAAAAGAAUGAACUCAUUUGGAACGAACCACAUAUUGGUGAGGAAUGGGCAAGAUUGGAAAGUGAAAAAAAAGAUUCAUCCCCAGGUUACAAGUCUCUCGACUGGCUUUAUCAUGCUACUGGGAAAUACUCUAGAAAAGGGUUGGCCUAUGUGUUCACGACUAUAGUAGUUGGAUGGCUUGGCCUUUUAACUUUCAUGAUUUCUUUUGGAAUUCUAUCAUCCAAGUGA